UACUUCCAAGAUAAAGUGAAUGGAACACGCGGCAUAAAAUAUGUGACAAGUGUGCUAAUAAUCAGUGUUCCUCAAUCGUGCGGUGUGUGAGGAGUUAAAAACGGCUUUUAACUCAGUUUGCCUGAAGUGCAAGACGUGUAUGAUGUGCUGUGGUACGGCGAUCGUUUGCAGGACUCUGGUUUCGGAAUUAAGGCUGAAACAGAUGAGUGAUAUUAUACACGCUCUACUUCAGUAACGUCAGAAGUAUGGAACGAGUUUACACUAACAAUGACGGUGGUCUUCCACCGGGGGGUUCCACUCCAUCGUUCGCUGCUGUUCAGUUUGUCCUGAACACAGACAAAGGACGAUCCACCCUUCAUGGCAGCUCGUACCAUCUUCGACUCGGAAUGGUUAUCAUCCUCAGGGCCUUUAAAAUGCACCGGCAGGACAGCGGGUUCGGCUUUACGAUGGCAAUGGAGGUUCCUGCCGCCGGAAAGUUUGACGACAUUAUGUACCAUUAUCGCUCGUCGGUCCGACAGGCCUCCGGGACCUUGUUCAUACAGGCGAAACAUAGACAAAUUGCAGAUAGUGAGGACAGUCCGUCUCAAAAAACCACAAUGAAGCAUCGGGAAGCAACGCAAAGCAAGAAUAUGGCACUAACAGAGGAUGUUUUCUUUGAAACGUGGGACUCCAACGCAUCAUUUUCGAUUCCGAUGUAUUUUAUGUCAUUUCUCGAAGUCGAUCAACACCUUCCAGAGGACGCUCGGUACGUGCUCUGUACGAAUGCUGCCCUUGAUAAGAGCAUCGAAAGCUUCUUUACGACAAACCAGCAAGAGGACACCGUUUUGUUACAGCUGUGCGACGACAUAGGAGCCACGUGUUAUCAGUUUGAUCGCGAUAUACCGUUCCCAAAUCUGGCUGAUACGCUCAGAGACUCGUGUCUAGCUAAAUUGGGAAAGCUUAUCGCGCUGCACAUGAUGAAAGACGUUCUGAUCAAGUUCAAUGACGCGCCAUUGGAAAAGGAACAGGACGAAUCAUCUGAAAUCGCAUACACGAUCAAGGAAGAUGACGAGCCUGCAGAUCCAUCCACCCCAGUCGGAAAGCUUCUGACUGCGUUCAAAAGAGAAUACGACAUGAUGAUAGAGAAAACGCAGGUGAUUCAGAAUGGAGCGCAAAGUUCAAUGUGA